AGUUCUUCCGGACUUCCAUACAACGGAACCACUGAGCGUGAAAUGAAAAAUGAGCGUGACCGACUUCCGUUGUCCACGGUCCACCGGGCUCAUCCUGCAGGUCUUCGGAUGACCGCUUUGUCCCCCAGGCUUCACAUGAUGUGCACCAACUCCUGUAGGCCCCCCGACACAGGUGGACCAGGACUGUGGAGCUGGGUACUGGCUGAGGCUGGAGGAUGUCUUCAACUCCGUCACUAUACUACAACCAAGACAGUGUGACCCGCUUCAAGAAAAGAAAAGCUCGUUUCACUUUCAGUGAAGUCCACGUSUUGCUGGAUGAAGUCAGGAAGAACCGUAUGAUUGUUGUGGGUAAAUUCAACCGCGGGGUCCCGACAGACGCAAAAAAGCGGGUAUGGGCAGAGAUUACUGCACGGGUCAAUGAGAUCGGAGAGUGCCAACGUGAGGUCAUAGAGGUCAUCAAGAAAUGGUCUGAUCUAAAAUGUGACACCAAGAGGAAGGUAGCCGCCAUGCGGUCAGGGACAGUGCCCAACAGAGGACUGAACUCUCGCCUGUCCCGAGACCUUAGUCAAACGGAGAAAAUCGUGCUCCAGAUUCUGGAGAUGGACAAUGACGACCAGAGCACCGGCGACUUUGGUCCGCUGGGAGAUGAUGACGAUGUUCCAGAUGAGGAAGAAGAAAUGGAUGAAGAGGAUAUGAUUGGACUGCAGAGUUCUCCCAAUGGAGGUGUGGACAUAGCAGCUAUGCCGCCGCCGCCGCCUUCCUACAACACGAGUGGACCCACACACUCAGGGGACUCUUCCCAGGCUGCGUUUGAUGUGCAGUAUGAAGUUCCUACAACAGAAGAUACAGAAACUGGGUAUGGAGACUCUGAUGAGGACCAGAGAGACGACGUGCUUCCAUCGACUCAGAGAGUCAAAACRAGCGACGAUCAUCAUUUUAACAACGGCCUCCACAGACAGGGACAACCUCACACGUCCACGUCAGCCCCCACGCUCCCAGCGCUGGGUCAGAACCCGAGGGACAGCAUGCUGCAGAACGCAUCGCAGAGCCUGCAGGAGCAGCACGCCACCAACGUGCUGCUGGAGACCGUGUCUCGCUCCCUGGAGCUGCUGUCCGAGUCGGUGCAGCAGCUGGCAGAGACUCAGCAGGAGUUUGUGCGCGAGUCUCUGCAGCUGCAGAGGGAGACGGUGCAGGUUCUCAGAGACUUCACAGGCGGAGCCAUCGCCCUGAUGCACGACAAACUGAACGGGCGGCCGGCCUUAUAACAGCACCACCCCGUGGUGGGGGGGUGGGACUCAGUUCUCAGGAGGAAGACGUUUUAACCSCAGGUGGACGUCACCUCUUACUGUACUUUUUGAUAGGACUCCGUUUUAAAGCUGUMACACUUAAAGAACUGUCACUGAAGUGUUGGAUUGUAAAAAUAAAAAAGUUUUAGCCAUAAAGAGAGAA